ACUUCCGCAGAGUCUCUCGAGACGCGGAGUAGAUUGGUUUCCGGCCCCGGGUGGGCGCGGACUUGGUUCAGUGCGCGCUCCGGAGCGGUGUCCCGGGAGCGCGGUCCUGCGGGCCGCUUGCGCGGGGAUCCGGGGGGACUGCGGCCGCGCGAGGAGAGCUCCAAUCCGGGUGCCGGGCAAGUGCAAGGCCAUGAACGGCACGGCGAACCCGCUGCUGGACCGGGAGGAACACUGUCUGCGGCUAGGGGAAAGCUUCGAGAAGCGGCCGCGGGCCUCCUUCCACACGAUUCGCUACGAUUUUAAGCCAGCAUCAAUAGACACUUCCUGUGAAGGAGAACUCCAGGUUGGCAAAGGAGAUGAAGUCACCAUUACGCUGCCACACAUCCCUGGGUCCACGCCGCCAAUGACGGUGUUCAAAGGGAACAAGCGGCCCUAUCAGAAAGACUGUGUGCUCAUUAUUAACCACGACACUGGAGAGUAUGUGCUGGAGAAGCUGAGCAGCAGCAUUCAGGUCAAGAAGACAAGAGCUGAGGGAAGCAGUAAAAUCCAAGCUCGAAUGGAGCAGCAGCCCGCUCGUCCCCCACAGCCGUCACAGCCACCCCCUCCACCUCCACCCAUGCCGUUCCGAGCCCCAACGAAGCCUCCAGCUGGACCCAAAACUUCUCCCCUGAAGGAUAACCCCUCACCUGAGCCCCAGUUGGAUGACAUCAAAAGAGAGCUGAGGGCCGAGGUGGACAUUAUUGAGCAGAUGAGCAGCAGCAGUGGGAGCAGCUCCUCCGACUCUGAGAGCUCCUCGGGAAGUGACGACGACAGCUCCAGCAGCGCAGGCGAAGACAAUGGCCCAGCCUCGCCUCCCCAGCCCUCACACCAGCAGCCCUACAACAGCAGGCCUGCGGUGGCCAAUGGAACCAGCCGGCCCCAAGGAAGCUCUCAGCUCAUGAACACGCUCAGAAAUGACCUGCAGCUAAGUGAGUCUGGCAGUGACAGUGAUGACUAGCACCAGGCUUUUCAAAUCUGCUUUCUGGAACUCAAACAUGCUACAAGACCCAGCUCCAUCUGCCAGGACCACAUGUCACAGGAGGAUGUUGCAGAUCAGAGCCAAUAGGAGUUAAGGCCUAGAAGCACUCAGAUACUCAGUCUUUAACUUGGUGGUGGUGGGUGAUUUUCUCAUGUAAUUUUUGAACAAUCUCUUGAUUCACAGUUUAAGUAUAUCUAUAGGAGAACUAACAGAAAUCUCUUUUAUUUGGUUAACAUUGUUAAUGAAAAGCAGACCAGUGUACCCUGGUCUAGGAUACUCAAAAUCCAUAUCUUCAUAGGUCAGUGAUUGAGCAGCUCAGCUUGCCUGGGUGGUCUCUAUCAGUAAAAUACAAGUCUUUUAAGGGCAUGGAAAGAAAAGAGAUCUUCAAAUUGUGUCAUAGAAAUACAUUAAGACCACUUUACAGUGUUGAUACUAAGUGGUAAGGAAGUUUGUGACCUAGUUUGACCAGACCAUAGAAGUUGACCUUGGCAGAGUCUUUGGGUCAGUUGUGUGUGUGUGUGCUCGAGAUCCAAUAGCUCAGUCCAGCACAGCUAGGAAAAUGGACGCACACAGCAGGGAACUGCCAGUCACUGUCCCUGGGCAAGCUUGCUCACGAAUUCCUCUUUUUGAAUUACACUUGCUGGCUUCAGAUUCUCUGGCCUGGAACUUUCUAUUGGAUUCUGAAAAAACAAAAGCAUUGCUGGCAUUCAGCUUGGGUUCAGACUCGGGCAGUUCCAGCUGUGUGUGCGCGUUCAGCUCAUCUGAGGUGUUUGCUUUUGUGCAGAUCCAUCCCUAGGUUCUUCAUUCCCAGGAUGUUAGCAGAGGGUAGAAAUCAGAGGGAUGUGGUGAAGAACUUCUGAGCACAUUAGCCAGCAGCAAGGCUCCACAGGUGAGAAUCCAGACAGGAGUUGGGCAGUAUGGAACAGUCUUUAGAAGCUGUUUGCUUUGUGCUGCUGUUGGUGCCUGACUCCCAGUCUCGUGGGUUAUUUUUAUAGAAGAGAAUCACAAGAUUGCCUUUUGCUGUGUGCCAUUUCCAAAUAAAUGUUCUUGCUGGAAACUGGUCACUAGUCAGGGUUGCACAUUGAGGAAGUAUGUGGUGACUUAUGUGUCUGCCCAUCUCUGUGGUCUGAAUGAAUAUAUCCUAGGAAAUCCCUGUCUUUCUGCUUUAAGACAUUAACAAUGCUGUUCUUUCCUCCUGCAUAGUGGAGGAAGGUGGUCUGGACCUGGUGGGGCCGUAGGUCAUAUAGAUUAGCUUUAUGGUCGACACACCAUACAGAUCAGCUGAUCCACUCAGAGACUGAAGUGAACUGAGAUGGGUGGGGCCAUUGCCCAGCAGCACACCUACACGUCUCAGCACAAGCUCAGAUGCAGAGUGUGCACCCAUACCCUCUGCUCAGUCUCAGCCCACUGGGAGAUGCUCUAUGGAUCCAUGGCAGGUGGAACCUAUUUAAAGCAAACUGAUAAUUGCUUUAUAAUUCUUUGGUAAUGCUGGGUGUGGUGCCGCACGCCUUUAAUCCCAGCACUCGGGAGGCAGAGGCAGGUGGAUUUCUGAGUUCCAGGACAGCCAGGGCCAUACAGAGAAACCCUGCCUCGAAAAACCAAAAAACAAACAAACCAACCAACCCUCUUUGGUAAUGACAGCUCAGGGAAGGUGAGGGUUGUGACUGGGUGACUUGAGUUGUCACCAGAUGUGGGCAUUGAACUGUUUUUACUGCUCUUCGCUGUUCAGACUGUGGCAGGCUCCAGGAACUUGAACUAAAAAUGCCUAUUUAAGUCUCCCCUUGCCCCGCUUUUCUCCAAAAGCCUUGGUUUGUGUAGACAGAGCUGUGGUGUUGGCAUUCCAGUUGGGGACUGUUGCCAUAGGAAGUACUUGCAUGUGGCACUGGGCUUGAUAAAUUGAGCUUUCUGUGCCUCAGACGAUCUAGUCACCCGGCUUACCCAGCACCACAGGUCCUUCUGUAGAUGGCUCCAGGUUUUGCUCUCUGCACAAAUCCUCCGGUGAUUCUUUCUGCUUCCCCCACUAGAGUAAGAAAGCUAUUUUUGGAAAUCCAGAAUGUAGCCUCCCAGAUGGCUUCUCAGGGGUAUCCUUGUGCCAACCAAAGGACUCCUUCCUGUCGCUGUGCCUUUGCUGUCCCCUCCUCUUCACCCACUCUAAACCUCUCUCCAGAGCGCCUAUUUCACAAGCUCUUCAUUUCUUUCAACCUAUGGGUAAGCCCUGGUAUAUAUACAAACUACCAUUCUACCUGGUCUUGGUUAGUAUUAGUGCCUCAAAAGCAGGGGCUGUCAUCACGGAACUAGACAUGCAGGUGCUCCUACUCUGGUUGGGAAAGAGAUGGAGACAACUACUAGUGAAGGGUGGAGGGUAAACUGAAACAUUCCAGGCAUUGAGACAAAGCUGGAAAUCUGUACGCAGUGCCCAUGCAGGUCUCUACCGAAUCUGUCAAUGACCUUUUUUUAAUUUGCUCUAUGCAAUGUUCACUUGGGCAAGGUGGAAGGACUAAUUCUACAGAGAUGCCAUGGCAAUCUUUGAAAACCAUUGGGAAAAUGCAAUACAGAUAAACUAGAGAUUCGUAUAAUGCCACGUGUUAGCUUGUUUCUGUAGCAGAAUAACUCUCUGCGGUGACGUGCUGGAGUGAGAGGGAAACUUGAAAAUUCCAAAGUCCUUCCCUCUUUUGAGAGACUGGUUGUGUGUGUGAUAUUUAUUAAUUAUUUUAAGAGAGAAUUGUUUUGUAGAUAGAUAUGUAUUAAGAACAGCCAAACUGGAUCUUUCCACUUGGCAAGGAACAGAAACUUUUUGAAACUCAGGCCUUAACCAGUAGCUUGGAAGACCAACUCAAGUGUUAGGAACUGUGUGUUUUUGUUUCCUGUUAUUUCUGUCUUAGAUUCUUUGUGUCCUUUAAUGAUAUUUAAAAUCUUGUGCCUAAAAAUUUAUUUUGCUUAAUUCUGAUGUAGACAUGCAUGUUUACAUUUAUAUAAAAUAUUUUCUGUAUAGUUUACUCUCUUUCAAGAUGAAUAUAUUUAAAUAAAAAUGAAGGUCAGCAAUAUAUUUAAUGUCUUGUUUUAUUUUAAACUGACAUCUAUGUGAAAUAGAGUUAAGAAUCCUUUAUGUGGCUCUUUAAGCUUUCGCCUUUCUUACUCCCAUCUCUAGCCCUCCUUCUCUCUCUCCCUCUUUCUACCUCUCUUUUUCUCCCUGCCAUUCUACAAUAAAGCUCUAAAACCA